CUGGGCCUCUCACAAAGUCUGAGCCCCGCCCCGCCGAAGCCUGUCUGCAGAAUCCGCAGCAACCAGCACCAUGCCCAUGACACUGGGGUACUGGAACAUCCGCGGGCUGGCCCACUCCAUCCGCCUGCUCCUGGAAUACACAGGCUCAAGUUACGAGGAAAAGAAGUACACAAUGGGGGAUGCUCCUGACUAUGACAGAAGCCAGUGGCUGAAUGAAAAAUUCAAGCUGGGCCUGGACUUUCCCAAUCUGCCCUACUUGAUUGAUGGGACUCACAAGAUCACCCAGAGCAACGCCAUCCUGCGCUACAUUGCCCGCAAGCACAACCUGUGUGGGGAGACCGAAAAGGAGAAGAUUCGGGAAGACAUUUUGGAGAACCAGCUUAUGGACAACCGCAUGCAGCUGGCCAGACUCUGCUAUGACCCAGAUUUUGAGAAACUGAAGCCAGAAUACCUGGAGGGACUUCCUGAAAUGCUGAAGCUCUACUCACAGUUUCUGGGGAAGCAGCCAUGGUUUCUUGGGGACAAGAUCACCUUUGUGGAUUUCAUCGCUUAUGAUGUCCUUGAGAGAAACCAAGUAUUUGAGCCCAGCUGCCUGGAUGCCUUCCCAAACCUGAAGGACUUCAUCUCCCGAUUUGAGGGCUUGGAGAAGAUCUCUGCCUACAUGAAGUCCAGCCGCUUCCUCCCAAGACCUGUGUUCACAAAGAUGGCUGUCUGGGGCAACAAGUAAUGCCUGGAAGGCCAGGAGGUGGGAGUGAGGUGCCCAUACUCAGCCCUCUGCCCAGGCUGUGGAGCGCAGCUGGACUCUGCAUCCCAGCACCUGCCUCCCCAUUGCUUUCUCCUGUUUAUUCCCAUCUUUACCCCCAAGACUUUAUUAUCCCCGUCUUCACUUCCCCUAAACCCCUGUCCCAUGCAGGCCCUUUAAAGCCUCAGCUACCCACUUUUCUUCAUGAACAUCUCCCUCCCAACAUUACCCUUCGCGGCACUAAAGCCAGCCUGACCUUCCUUCCUGUUAGUGGUUGUGUCUGCUUUGAGGGGCCUGCCUAGCCCCUCGCCUGUGGAGCUCAGCCCGGAGCUGUCCCCGUGCUGCAUGA